AUGACUGCUGGGGUUCCAGGGCCAAACCCCAAACCCCGCACCAAGGUGUGGCCCCCCCAGGCCAGCCGGGACCGGAGGACCAGCUCACAGCGUCUGGCCGGUCCUGGCCGGCGGAAGCCCGCGGAAGAGCAGCCUCACUUCCUGACUGAAGCCGCCCGGAGGGUUAGCGCCUUUCUCCAGGACCACGAGCACGACCAGGACCAGGACCAGGACCAGGACCAGAACCAGGACCAGGACCAGCCCCAGCACCAGCCUGCGCAGAUGGCUUUACCCAGAGUUUACUUCGACAUCACCGCCGGCGGCGAGCCCACCGGCCGCAUCGUGAUGGAGCUGCGCUCGGACGUGGUUCCAAAGACGGCGGAGAACUUCCGGGUUCUGUGCACCGGGGAGAAGGGCUUCGGCUACAAAGGAAGCAGCUUCCACCGCGUCAUCAAGAAUUUCAUGUGCCAGGGCGGCGACUUCACCAACCACAACGGAACCGGAGGGAAGUCCAUCUACGGGAACAAGUUUGCUGACGAGAACUUCCAGCUGAAGCACACCGGGCCCGGGAUCCUGUCCAUGGCCAACGCCGGGCCCAACACCAACGGCUCCCAGUUCUUCCUCUGCACCGCCAAGACGGCCUGGCUGGACGGGAAGCACGUGGUGUUCGGCUCCGUGGUGGAGGGGAUGGACGUGGUGAAGAAAGUCGAGGCUUUUGGAAGCGGGAGUGGGAAGACUUCGACGAAGAUCAUCAUCGCGGAAUGCGGACAGCUCUGAGCUCCACGCCGUCUUCCUGGUCGUCCUGUAGCCACGCCUACAUUCAGCGAUGCCCCCCCCCUCCCCAGUCUGAACCGUCUGAUCUGAGAAUCGUCGUCUCGCCAUCAGCUUCGUUCUUUUUUUUUUUUUCUUUUUUCUGUUUUUGGUUAAAAACUGAACUUGUCAUCUUCUUGCUGCUUCUGUAUUAUUUUCGACUGAUGGGAAUAAAUGCAGUGAAAGCAA